AUGGCAGAACGUCGCCUUGUUUGCCUGGAGAGGAAACUGGCCAAGGAUCCAGCUCUUAAAAUAAAAGUCAUUGAGCAGAUCGAUGAAUAUCUAGAGCGCGGUUAUGCGCACGAAGCUACGGAAAGAGAGCUGCAAAAUUGCGAACCACAUCGGAUCUGGUAUCUUCCCUUGGGCAUCGUGCAAAACCCACACAAGCCAGGGAAAGUACGUAUUGUUUGGGAUGCAGCGGCACGGGUUGGAGAGGUAUCUCUUAACUCUAUGCUACUUACGGGACCAGAUCUGCUGACUCCACUGCUGAAGGUCUUAUGUGGAUUCCGUCAACGACAGUACGUAGCGGUAGGAGAUGUGCGUCAAAUGUUCCACCAAAUUUUGGUAAAGCAAAGGGAUCGACAAUCUCAAAGAUUCCUGUUUCGAUUGAGUCCGGAACAAAAACCAACUGUGUAUGUUAUGGACGUAGUUAUCUUCGGGGCGUCAUGCUCUCCAUGCCUUGCGCAACAUGUGAAGAACACCAAUGCGAAGGAGUACGGGGAGGUUUAUCCAGAAGCGGCAUCGGCGAUUAUCAACAACACCUACGUUGACGAUUUCUUGGAUAGCCGUGAUACUAUAGAAGAAACAGUGCGUAUAUUAGAGGAGGUUCGAUGGAUUUUUAGCAGAGCUGGGUUCGACAUUAGGAACUGGCAAUCCAACUCCGAGGAGAUUCUUCGACGGGUCGGGGUAGACGUCGAUGAGAAAACGAAACGCUUUUCAGUGGAGAAGUCUACUGUUUCAGAACGUGUCCUUGGUAUGUCUUGGGACCCCAGGAACGAUUUAUUCAAAUUCACCACACAGUUUCGUGAAGAUCUCAAGCCUUUGCUAUCCGGCCAUGUCGUUCCCACCAAAAGGCAAGUUCUGAGGGUAGUUAUGAGCCAUUUUGAUCCACUGGGGAUCGUAGCCACCUACACAGUGCAUGGGAAAAUAUUAAUCCAGGACGUGUGGAGAUCUAGAGUUCAAUGGGACGAUCCUAUCGCGGAAGAAGAUUAUGGGGCCUGGCAGCGUUGGGUGAAACUAAUUCCAAAUCUGGCGGAGGUGCGAAUGCCGAGGUGUUACUUCCCGAACUAUAGCCCACGCAGUCUAGAUUCCUUGGAGCUCCAUGUCUUCGUAGAUGCUAGUUUGUUGGCCUACUGUGCUGUAGCUUAUUUCCGGAUUAUCGACAAUGGUGUUCCAAGAUGUACUCUAGUAACGGCCAAAACAAAGGUGACACCUCUGAAACCUCAAUCAAUACCGAGGAAUGAACUAAGUGCCGGAGUGAUCGGAGUGAGGCUGCUCAAGAGUGUCCAAGAAAACCACUCCAUACCAGUCCAGAAACGGUACAUGUGGACCGACUCAACCACUGUGUUAGCCUGGUUGAGAGCUGACCCAAGGAAGUACCGACAAUUUGUGGCAUUUCGAAUAGCAGAAAUUCAGUCGGAGACAAGAAUUGAAGAAUGGCACUACGUUCCUUCUAACCUGAACCUUGCUGACAAGGGGACGAAAUGGGGCAAUGGGCCAUGUUUCAAUCCAGAAAAUUCAUGGUUUACUGGGCCGCCGUUUCUACUUCGACCAGAGAAUGAGUGGCCUCGUCUGCCGAUCAAACUUGCGGAGCCAUUGCAAGAGGUUAAAGCCAUUCAUCAUCACGUCUCAGUUUUUGAUCCGGCAAUCGAUUUCUCAAAGUUUUCACGUUGGGAGGACCUUGUAAAAAAUCUAAGCUACUUGUAUCACUUCGUUCAUCGUUGCCAAACACUACACAGAGUAAAGACAAACAGUAGCGUAACAAUUCUGGACCAAAAAGACUAUGCGGCAGCUGAGGCAAGUGUGUGGCGCGUAGUACAAGGUCAAACCUAUCCCGCUGAAAUCACCAUUAUUCGCAAAAACGCAGAGCUUCCGAUUGAUAAGCAAAAGUCGUUGGGAUAUACAAGUUCCCUCAGGAAAAUGUCCCCAUUCUUAGACGACGCAGGACUUUUGCGAAUGCGUAGUCGCAUUAACAUAAAUAAUGUCUACUAUUCGUUCGACUUUCAAAAUCCGGUAAUAAUUCCCAGAGGAAGUCACGUUACCAAUCUCCUUAUACACAAAUACCAUCAGAAAUUCGGUCAUGCAAACGUCGAUACUGUCAUCAAUGAGCUACGCCAACGAUACUAUAUACCCAAAAUCCGAUUCGCCGUUAAAACUGUGGUAAAAAUGUGUAUGUGGUGUAAGGUCUAUCGAGCGAGGCCAGCUGAACCAAAGAUGGCUGUGCUACCACAUCCAAGAGUGACGCCAUACGUUCGCCCGUUUACUUUCACGGGAUUGGAUUAUUUUGGACCAUUGAUCGUUAAACGACGUCGCACUAAUGAGAAGAGAUGGGUGGCACUAUUCACGUGCCUUACUGUACGAGCUGUCCACGUGGAGGUAGUGCACACAAUGUCAGCCGCAUCGUGUAAAAUGGCAAUUCGCCGUUUCGUUUCACGUAGAGGAUUGCCGCAGCAAAUAUACAGUGAUAACGGGACCAAUUUUCGAGGAGCCGCUCGGGAGUUAGCAGAUGAAAUAAAGGCUAUCAACAAGGAAUUAGCGUCCACGUUUUCAAACGCCGAAACCGAGUGGAUUUUCAAUCCACCCUCCGCUCCGCAUAUGGGAGGCGUAUGGGAGCGAAAAGUGCGCUCAAUCAAGGACGCUUUCAAGGCGUUGCAUCACAAUCAACGUUUAGACGACGAAGAGUUGAUGACAUUUCUUGCAGAAGCCGAAUUGAUCGUCAACUCUCAUCCUCUUACAUUUGUGCCCAUAGCAGACUCAACAGAAGAAGCGGUGACUCCAAACAACUUUCUGCUCAUGAGUUCAAAUGGUGCCAACAACUCGUCAAGGAUCCGCAUUAGUGAAAAAGUAUUGCUGAGGGUGAAUUGGAAGCUGAUGCAGCAACUGUUGAACCAGUUUUGGAAACGAUGGAUUCAAGGCUACCUUCCAACAAUAGCUCGUCGAACAAAGUGGUUCAAUGAUGUACGUCCGCUCCAAGUGGACGACCCUGUUGUCAUCGUAGACGAGACGGUUCGCAAUGGAUGGUUGAGAGGGCGAGUUGUUGAAAUCUACCCGUCGCGGGAUGGUCAAGUGCGGAAGGUGGAUGUCCAAACAUCAUCGGGGGUGUUUCAAAGACCGGCGAUCAAAGUAGCCUUGCUGGAUAUCCUGGAGCAGAGUAAGGCCAAUCAAGGGUAA